AUGGUAUAUGUGAACAAUUCUCCCUUGGAAACUAUAUUCUCACUCAUCUGUCCUCUGUAUGACCAAGUUAAGAUUCUGUUGGAUUUAGAGCUUGAUGAAAAAGAAUUGGUGGGUAAAACUGUUGACAUCAUUGCUUUAAAAAUGACAACGGGAUGCCAUUGUGAUAUAGAUCCCAAAAAAAGAACUAACUGUGGACCUCCAGGAAUCACUCCCCAGCAAUGCAGGGAUGCAGCAUGCUGCUUUGAUUCAAAAGUCCCAGGAGUGCCCUGGUGCUUUAAACCAUUAAAAGAGGUGUGUCCCACAGAAGUGAAACAGAGAGUCAACUGUGGAUACCCAGGAAUCCCUGCACAUGAAUGUAACGCGAAAGGGUGCUGCUUUGAGGCCAGACCACCAGGUGUUCCAUGGUGUUUCUAUCAUAUCCUGAUUGAAGCAGGGUGUUUGAAGUUACAACUGGAAAUGAACUUCAAAUGGUUCUGGCUCUGGACCAUUGUCCUGAUUGUAGCUUUCAGCAGUCUGGCAGAUGCCAGGAUAAUACCACGACCACCACGUACACGGCCAAGACCAGGCCGUUCCUGUAAUGUACCUCCACAGAGGAGAAGAGAUUGUGGCUAUCCAGGGAUAUCUCGGCAAACAUGUCAAAGAAGAGGGUGCUGUUUUAGCAGCCGUAUUGCUAAGUCCAAAUGGUGUUUCUUUCGACGUCUUACCUGUAAUGUAGUUCCGCACAGGAGAAGAGAGUGUGGAUAUAAAGGAAUUACUAGAGAAACAUGUCAAAGAAGAGGGUGUUGUUUUGACAACAGAAUCCGAGGGGUCAAAUGGUGUUUCCAUCAAGAGUGCAAGUGGCCAGCCCAGACUCUGAAGCUGUGGCCACGGGAUCAGUGUCAGGUGAAGCACGAAAACAUUGCAUAUGGCCAGUGCUUUUUUUACCCAGGACAAUGUGACGUGCAGCUAAAGCAAAGAAUAAAUUGUGGCUACCCAUACAUCAGUGCUCAAGAAUGCUACAACAAAGGAUGCUGUUUUGAUUCAAGUAUUGCUGGGACCAUCUGGUGCUUUUUUCCUGGAAGUGGAGAUGCACAGGGACAAGAAUGCCUCUUCUAA